AUGAUGCGCCGUAGUUGUUUUUUGCUUAGUGCCGGCAUGGUGGAGUACCACGAGUGGCACCUCCAUGAGCCACUCCUGCAGAACUACGAGGGCUGGCGCAUUCUAGACAACCCACGCUACGAGAGUAAGUCUGAAGCGUACAUCUACGACUUUAUUGGUAGUGUCCGCCACCUUGACCCCAUCAUUGACGAUCCACGGCUCACACACAAACAACGCGUUUGCCGACUUUACAGGUGGGCACUUAAAGAGCUACAGAUGUGGCUUGUGCAGCUGAAUGCACACAAGUUUAAUCUUGCCUACAAGGUAGUGCGCCGGCGAUUUGAAAUGUAUCGCUACGUCACGGAUCCUGCCAUGUGUGACAUGAUGGUGCGUGAAACUCAGAAAUACUUGCGUGAAAACGCGAAUUUCUACUUUCUCCGUCGCAACAAUACCUCGCCGUGGUCGACGCAUACCCUUGCGAACCCCAUGUUUCACCCCGACGGGUCGCAGGUGUACGACCACUGGACACACCCGGAGGUGAUGUGGUAUGACGACGCAAAGCUGCAUCGCUGGACGGGUCAUCACCCAAUGUACGCCGGGGCAGGAGAGAUGUCCGAUCGCUUUGGAGACAUGGAUGUCUCGCCACAUCUUCGUAUUUUUACUAUCGCCAUCUUUGGUUGCAUUUCACUGUGGUCUAUUUGUAGUUUCCUUGCUGUAUUUGAUCGCGAUGUUGACCCACACUUUGAGAAGUGGUGUGAGUCGUUUGACGACAAUCUGAAGGGUGCUCUCUACGCGGCGGAGCGAAACUCACGUAGCAGGACCUCGAUGUUGGGGUGGGACUGGGACCGCAUCAUGGGAAAAGUACAGCAUCAGAGUGGCUAUCAUUUGUACAACGUGCAAAGAUUUCAGUAA